AUGCGUAUGAGUGCUGUCCAAACUGAUGAACAACUUGUAUACGUGGUACGAUGUUUGGUUGCAUAUGCGGAUGCUUGUGGAUUAUUUAAUUCAAAACCUGAAUUGCAAGAAAAAGCUGACAAAUUCUCCGAUGACUAUCUUGCUAUGUUAGCAAUGAAAAAAGCUGCAAGGGAGCGUAAGACUGUAGCACCGCCGGAAGCGGAACGAAUUGACGAAAAAGCAGCAGUAAUGAAAGCGGAAGAAAAGAAGGAAGAACCAUCACAACGAUCAAUACAGGAGCUCGAAAAACGUGACACGCCAAUUUUAAGAUUGGAAAUACCAAAAAUAGAACAGAAAGAGCUACAGCCGUUACAGAUAUUUGAGAACGACAAGCAAUUACAGAAAGUAGGCCAAGUAUUAUCACCUUACGCUAUUCCAGUUCCGCAGCCGGAGGAACUCAUUCAACCGGCACUGUCACCUGCACCGCUUCAACAGUUCAAGAAACCAAUGCAACCGGUAUUGUCACCUUUCGUUGCUCCAGCUCAACAAUUACCGAAACAACCAUCACCCUUUGUUAUUCCGGUUCAGCAGUCGCAACCACAAACAGAAGCGCCAAUAUCAAUUUUUGUUGCUCCGAUUCAGGAAUCGCAAAAUCAAAUCCAAACAUUACCAUCACCCAUCAUUGGCCCAGUUCAGCAAAAACCGCAAAAUCAAAUCCAAGCAUUACCAUCACCCAUCAUUGGCCCAGUUCAGCAAAAACCGCAAAAUCAAAUCCAAGCAUUACCAUCACCCAUCAUUGGCCCAGUUCAACAACCACAAAAACAAUUCCAACCGGCAACAACGGAUUUUCUUGUUCCGAUUCAACAGCAGAAGCAGCUUCAACCGGUAUUAAUAGCUUCUGCCGCAAUUUCCAAUCCACUUGCUCAAUUAGUAAUUGAGGAGUCAAUUCCGCCGUCACAGCUGAAGCCUAAUCAGGAACUGAAACCGGUCAAAAUGCCAUCUUCGCCAACAAAAGCAAACAAAACAUAG